AUGAUGGAUUCCAUGUAUCAAAAUGGGCAUGCUCCUGAGCUCUUUAUACACAAACACCUUGUCCACGAUGGACAGGAACAACCACCGAAAGACGCGCACCAGCUCCGUAUCUCCGCCCCAUGCUUUCAAACACUGGUCGAUAAAUUGCAGAUACCACUCAGUUUCGUCCUAGCCCUCUCACAUCAUUAUCUUCCAAACGGCCGAGGAUCACGAAAAAUCCAAAUCCAAAAGACGGAAGCAUUUGACUUUUGGUACAUCCUCCCAAUCCGCGUCCAAGUUGGAGCCAGCAGCUCGAGCAGUACUACCAGUAGUUCCAAGGCUCCAGAAGAAGCACGAGAUCCAACACAAAUGAACCCAUUUCACAAACUCGACCUACCCGACAUAAAACUCAGCAUCCACCGAUCAUGCAUAGGAAUAUUUUCCCGCGUACUGCCAGGCUCAAAACGCAUGACAUUCGUCGCAUUCGACUUCAUGCACGGCCGCUGGACAAAAGUCGCGCUAGAGCCAAGCCAGCGAAUCGACCAAGUAAUGAACCUAAAAAAAAAUGCACGAAUGGGCUACGGCUUCGGCGCAUUCAGUCAUCUCGUUUACCUCACCAGCACGACGCGGUGGUGGACGCAUGCAUUGAACAGUGUGAACGAACAAUUAGUCGAAUACGAGGCCCGACUGCAGACUGAGCUAAGUGGCUCGCAUAUUACGCCGGAAACGGUUUUCGGCGGUAUCAAUCAGGCGCUGCAUUCUAUUGCGGCGCAUUUACAUCGUUAUAUUUCGGAGCUGAAGUCUUUGCAGGGGAUUGUGACGGAUUUGGCUACGCAUUUUGAUGCGCUUUGUGCGGAUGAUGAUGAGGAUUCGGGGUUUAAUACACUCGAGCAGGCUUCUAGGGGGUUUAGUCAGGUUUCUUCGCAGGUUGAGGCUUUGCAUGAUUUUACGAGGGAGUUGGAGAAGAAGAUUGAGAAUAAUCUUGCACUGCUCUUCAAUCGCAUACAAAUCAACAGUAAUAGACGACUAGUCGCAAAUGGACAGGAUAUGCAGGCUAUCUUGAGUGCAAUGCAGGAAGACACCAUUGUCGGUCGUGAGAUGGCCAAGGCCUCACAUGAGCUUGCUCAAGAGAUGAAACGGGAUAGUGUAGCUAUGCGAACUAUCGCUGUCGUCACAAUGUUUUUCCUCCCUGGGGCAACAUUUGCUGUGAGUUUUAACCAUUGA